UCUUCUCCCAUCCCAUCCCAUUACAUCCCAUCACAUCUUCUCCCCCACCAUCCAUACUCAUACAAUACAUAAUCACAUUUCCACUCACUCAACCGAAAGGGAAUCGUUCUUCCUCUCCCAUACAUACAUAAUCAAUCAUCAGCAUCAGAAACCCUUAAUUCUUUGUCCCGCCUUCUUCCUCAUCUAGGUGUCAUCGAGACACCAGCGUCAAUCUGCCACGAUGCCUUCCGCUACGGUUAAUCGACCGACCAACAUCAAAGAGGAGGAAGCCGACAUAAACCGCAAACUCCAGCUCUAUGGAAUAGUUACCGCUUUCAAAAAUGGCAAGCUCCCGUCCAACGAGCAAAUCGACAUUGCACUCAACAGCUUCCUCGCCUCUCGUCCUAUGACCGCCCCAUCCAGCAAGUUAUCCCCAGAGGCUCGAGCUCUCGUGAAGGACUUGCGCGAGGUUGUCGAGCAGGCGAAGGUACUACUCCUCACCAAAAACGCGGGGAACUUACUCCAAGACUUGAUCUGGCAAUCCGAACAUCUCGAGGCUGAGGCUGUCUCUCGCCCGGAAACGCCAGUUGACCGCGAGACGGCGCAGCGACAUGCCCACAAGGCUUUGGAAGGCCUUCGAACCCUUGGCACGCUCAUCAUCACCAAUGGGCAGUUCCGCAAGCUUUUAAACGAUGCUACACUUCUCCUCCGCGACAUCGCCGGGGAUGCUGCCACCAAGGCGGCCACCAAGGUGAAGCCGUCUCAGGAGCAGUUGCGCCAUAUUGACGAGCCCGCGGAAGAGGGCGUAUGGCAUGAUGCUCCAGACAUCUCGGUUGAUAAGAUCAAGGGCCGGUUCAAGACUACUAAACCCACCGGCGCUGAGGGUGAGGCGGGUGCAGAAGCCGGCACAACCAAGCGGCGUCUAUCUGAUAUGGUCUCAAAGGACACCUAUGAACAGGCUCGCAUUAACCGAGAGCGUACUCAAGAUUAUCUGGCCGGUAAGGUGCCCCAGGAGCGCCGCGACCAAACCAUCUGGAGGCUCCGUAAGAUGGUGGUUGAGAUCCAAAGCCAUCCCGAUUAUGCGCAGGCUAUCGACACACUCCUUUACUUGGCCGAGACUUACUUCGGUCAUGCUCAAACCAUUGGGCAGAAGUCCACUGGCGCAGUCCAGGACGCCCGUAGUAAUGAUGCGUUGAGGCUUGCUGAAGCUGAUUUGAAGACACUCAUUGAGCGCUCUGCCAACGGCACCUCUACCGAUGAUCUUUUUGAUGCCAUUAACAAUAUCUACCGUGACGCCGACAAGGACCCUGAACUGAAGUCAUGGUUUAAGCACCUUAAUCAGUAUAUCAGAAAAUGCCUCCAGCAGCAAGGCUACAUCAUGGAGAAGAGCGCCACGGAGGAGUGGAACGUGAUCUAUGAUCGUGGUAAUUUCCUCCUUCGUGACCGUUACCGCAACCACACAGACCGCAUCGUCGACGAGAUCAAGUUCCUUGGCGAUCAAUUUGAGCAGGAUCCGAUAAACAAGCGCUUUGGACUCUCUAUGCAGAAACUAUUCAGGGACCUGGGUUACGACGAGUAUGGCAAGCCAGCUUUGAAGCCCUAUCUCGUCAAGGACCUUACAGAGGUCAUUAUUCCCGCCGCCUUUGAAAACAUCCGUUACGUGCCUAUUCCUAGAAUUGAGUACAGCGACCCUGCCAUUGAUGCAAUUGUCGAGAACUUGGUUAUUGAGAGCGAUAAUUUGAUGCCUAACAUUAUUGAAGUUGCCAAUGACAACUAUUUCCGAUAUGGACGCAAGAAGGUGGCAAAUAAAAAUAUCCAUUCCGUCAGCGUGUCAGUCUCUGGCAUCCAGAUGGAUAUGAGAGAUGUUUCCUACUAUGUUAAGAGAAAGCAAGGUUCACCAAAACUCACUGACAUCGGUAUUGCUGACAUCUUCCUUGGUGGGAGCGGUUUGAGCUUCAAGAUGAAGAUGUCGUCUGUCGACAGAUUGGACCAACAGAACUUCUUCAAGGUAGACAGGGUUGAUGUUGAUGUCAGGAACUUCAAAAUCAGGAUUAAACGAUCUAGGCAUAAGAUCUUGUUCGCUCUAGCAAAGGGCAUGAUGCUGAAGGUUCUCCGCCCUGCCAUUCAGAAGGUCCUGGAGCAGAAGAUCAAGGAGCAAGUACACCAACUCGAUAGCAUGGCUUACCAGAUCAAGCUUGAGGCUGACCGUGCAAAAAAGAUGGUAGCGGAACAUCCUGAGGAAGCCCCUAACGUAUACAGUCGUUACGUCAAAGCAGCUCAGAAGCAGCUGAUGCAGGGCAAACAAAAGACCGCAGAGGUUUCUGCUGAGAAGAAGGUCAACGUGACCAUAACCAAGGAUGACUCCAUCUUCCCCGACAUCAAGCUUCCAGGGGGAAUAUCAACAAAGGCAACCGAAUACAAACACCUUGGUAUGAGCGGCAACAAGUGGGAAUCACCGAUCUUCAGAUUGGGAACGGCAUCGACAACCUCAGACCUUCCCAGCGUUCCCCGGAUCACUCGAAAACCACAUCCCGUAACCGGGGGCGGUUUGAGAGAGCCGCAAAAGGUUGAAAAGGUUGAAAAAGUCGAAAAGCUUGAAAAGCCUGACACUGCUCAGGCUGCUGCCAUUGCCACCACAGCUGAGACAGAGGGUUUCGCGAAGGGUUUGACCCCUGGUGAUACCUCCCUAUUUAAAAAGGAAGUUGACAAGGCCUUUGGCAAGGAAGAGCCAUCUCUCACGGCCCUAGACACAGGCCAUACCACUCUGGGAGCUAACAACCCUGUUCUUACUGGGACUGCUUAAAGUCGAAUCAGCAGCGGCUUUCACCUUUUCUUAAUAUUCAUGAGGGAUUGUUUCUUUGAUGAUACCACUUCCGCGGAUACCCUUGCAUAUG